AUGAUUCAAUUAAAGACCAUGCUCAACUGCAUCGACAACUCGGGCGCUGCCCUUGUUGAAUGCGCUCUUGUCGUCGGCCAAAAGCGACACGCCCGAAUCGGUGACCGUAUCGUCGUCGUCGUCCAGGAACAGCGAGGUUCCUCCUCUGGUGGCAUGGCUGGUCUCUCUGCCGCCAACAAGGUUAAGCGCGGCGACAUCCGCCACGCCGUCGUUGUCCGAACCCGAUACCCUACCCAGCGACGAGACGGCUCGGUCGUCAAAUUCGACGACAACGCCUGCGUGCUGCUCAACAAGGCUGGUGACCCUGUCGGAUCCCGCAUCAACGGUGCUGUGGGCGCCGAGCUGAAGCGCAAGAAGUGGAGCAAGAUUCUGUCGAUGGCUCCUAUGCAGGCUUAA